CAACCAGGCAACAUGGCGCCCUCACUUUCCCCGGAACCCGCGGUGGACGAAGUCCAAGACCACUCGUCCUCCGACUCGGAGGUCGAACAAACCGACCUGCAAACCCGCACGCCCAAGAGGAGACGUCUCUCGGAGUCCUCCACGGACUCGUACGUCGCGCCGGCGCCGCUCCCCACCCUCUCCCGUAUCAAAAAGAAGGGAGCCAAGGACGAGCAGCCCGCCGCGGCAGAGAAGGACGAGCCGGUCCUGAUCAAAGAUGCGCUGGAGAUCGGGCUUCAGGACGCCCAGUCGUCAUUCACAUCUCUCAAGGUGGCGCCGUGGCUGAUCGGCGCGCUCACCACCAUGGCCGUCCGCAAACCAACCGCCAUUCAAAAGGCCUGUAUCCCGGAGAUCCUCAACGGCCGCGACUGCAUUGGAGGAAGCCGCACCGGUUCCGGUAAAACGAUCGCUUUUGCCGUGCCCAUGCUGCAGAAGUGGGCGGAGGAUCCGUUCGGUAUCUUUGGCCUCGUCCUCACCCCGACCAGAGAACUCGCGCUCCAAAUCUACGAGCAAAUGAAAGCCAUCUCCGCGCCCCAGAGCAUGAAACCCCUCCUCAUAACCGGCGGCACGGACAUGCGUCCACAAGCAAUUGCACUCUCACAACGACCGCACAUUGUGAUCGCGACCCCCGGCCGUCUCGCCGACCACAUCAACACGUCCGGCAGCGACACGAUCGCCGGCCUGAAGCGCAUCCGAAUGGUCGUCCUGGACGAAGCCGAUCGCCUCCUCUCCCCCGGAGCCGGCAGCAUGCUCCCGGACGUCGAAACCUGCCUCGGCGCGCUCCCCGCCUCCAGCGAGCGACAGACCCUCCUCUUCACCGCAACGCUCACCCCGGAAGUGCGCGCCCUGAAAUCGCUCCCCCGGCCCUCCAACUCCCCCAAACCCCCCAUCUUCGUCACCGAAAUCUCCAGCGAAAACACCGGCUCCAUCCCCCCGACCCUCAAACAAACCUACCUCAAAGUCCCCAUGACCCACCGCGAAGCCUUCCUGCACGUCCUGCUCUCCACGGAAGCCAACGCCAAAAAACCUGUCAUCAUCUUCUGCAACCAUACCAAGACCGCUGAUCUCCUGGAACGCAUGCUCCGUCGGCUGGAUCAUCGCGUCACCUCCCUGCACAGUCUGCUGCCGCAGUCGGAGCGAAACUCCAAUCUGGCGCGGUUCAGAGCGUCGGCGGCACGCCUGCUCGUCGCCACGGACGUCGCGUCCCGUGGUCUGGAUAUCCCGUCCGUCGGUCUGGUGGUGAACUUCGAUGUCCCUCGGAAUCCGGAUGAUUAUGUGCAUCGGGUUGGGCGAACGGCGCGUGCGGGGAGGGAGGGUGAGGCGGUGACGUUGGUCGGGCAGAGGGAUGUGGGGUUGGUGUUGGCGAUUGAGGAGAGGGUGGGGAGACAGAUGGAGGAGUUUGCGGAGGAGGGCGUGAGUGUUGAGGGACGGGUGGUCAGGACAGGCGUGUUGAAGGAGGUGGGUGAGGCGAAGAGGGAGGCCAUGGGCGAAAUUGAGGAGGGGAGGGAUGUCUUGGGCAGGAAGAGGAAUAAGUUGAAGAAGGUGAGGUAG